AUGGAUAAAAAAACAGCUUGUGCCCAUAUUCCCGAGCCUUCUGAAUUUGAGUAUAAUACUAGAGAUGCUAUUAUCUAUGCACUUGGAGUUGGAGCCCGUGCUAAAGAAGAUUUAUGCUAUGUUUAUGAAAACGCCAUGGACUUCAAAGUCCUCCCAUCAUUUAUCGUCGCUCCUGGUUUCCAAGCUCAUACUUUGAUGGAUUGGCCAGGAGUAGAGUUCGAUUUGCAAAAAGUGCUCCAUGGAGAGCAAUAUAUCGAAGUAUUGCAUCCACUUCCAGCUGAAGGAAAAUUGAAAUCUGAAGCUAGAGUAGUGGAUAUUCUUGAUAAAGGAUCAGGAGCUCUAAUUCUCGGAAACGUAACAACUUAUGACGAAAAUGGAAAGAAAGUUGCAGUUCAACAGUUCAGCACCUUCCAAACCGGUUACGGUAACUUUGGAGGAGACCGCACAUCUCCACAUGAAUUCAAGGCAGCUACAGUACCAGAUCGUGCUCCAGACGCUGUGAUUGAACAGAAAACAUCAGUUGAUCAGGCGGCUCUUUAUCGUCUGGGAUCUGGUGACAUGAAUCCUCUUCAUGUGGAUCCACAAUUUGCUAAAAUGUCGGGAUUCAAAACUCCAAUUCUUCAUGGAUUGUGCAGUUUAGGAUUUUCAACUAGGCACGUCAUCGCUGCUUGGGCUGGAAAUGAUUCAGACAAGUUCAAGGCGAUGAAGGUUCGUUUCUCAUCUCCAGUGCUACCCGGACAGACGUUGGUAACAGAAACCUGGAAGACUGGAAAUCGAAUUGUAUUCCAAAUGAAAGUCAAAGAAACGGGAAAAAUUGUCAUCUCAAACGCAUAUGUUGAUUUGACCGAAGCAUCAGAACUUCCAACCGUUCCAACUGAUCUUGCUUCCAAAUUGUAA